AUGGGUCGAAAAAGAACUGUUACGAAACAUUUAAAUGAAGAAAAAGAAAAUAAUAAUCCAUGUCUUGAAUAUGCAAAUAGCACAAGUGAUGUUGCAACAAAUUGUCCACUUAUGGCCGGCCAAAAAAGACCAAUUGAAUUAGUUUAUUCAAAUACCAUUGAUAACAAGGAAAUUGAAAUAAUUAAUUUAAAAAAACAGUGUAUUGAUCUUAAACAACGUGUUGAAAUUUUGGAGAAAGCAUGUUUAUUAAUUCCGCAACAUAUUACUAGUAUUGAAAAUUUUUUCAAUGAUAUUAUACAAAUCUCGAAUAAUAAAAAUGAUGUUAUCAUGUUAAAUAAUAAUGAUUUUGCGAUGGCCAGUAAUGAUGAUAUUGCUAUGGUUAGUAAUGGUGAUGUUAUUACCGUAAAUGAUGACAUCAUUCCUGGAAAUAACAAUGGUAUUGUUGCAGCAAAUAAUAAUGAUAAUACUGUUCCAGAAAAUAAAAAUGAUGGUAUUGUUGCAGCUAAUAGUAAUGAUAAUAUUCUUCCAGCAAAUAAAAAUGAUGAUAUUGUUGCAGCAAAUAAUAAUGAUACUAUUGUUCCAGCAAAUAAUGAUGAUAGUGUUGUUACAUCAAAUAAAAAUGAUGAUAUUGUUACAGUUAAUAAUAAUGAUGAUAAAAGAGGAAAUGUUAUGACAAUAUUUAAUAUUGAUGAUGCAACAUUAAAUUCAUUAAAAAAAGAAACUUCAACAUCAACAGCUCGUUCCAUACUCAAGUAUCUCUAUCCAAAUCCUGAAAUGAAUUUUAAACUAUCGAAUAUGAACAAAGUACUUAAUGAUGCAAUCAUUGACCUUGUACAAAAGGCGCAUCCAAAUGAAUUAACGACAACGGCAAAAAUUAAACAUGCUAUGUCAAAUUAUUUUGGUUUACUUAAUUACAGAAAGAAAAUGAAAUCAACCAUUCCAAAUAAAAGAGUUUAA